AUUCCACAAUUAGUUAUCACUCCUACGUACUUAACAACAUAAUGUCACUUAGCAAUAUAAUGGCGGCUGCUCCAAGAACUGGCGGGUACGUGGAUGGGUGGGUCUACGAAGAUCCCCGCCAUGGUCAACUCUCCAUUCGACUCAUAACUAAAGCUCUCGCUAUCCCCGAAGGAUUCUCCCAGGCACUCGGCGACCACACUUUCACUCUACCCUUCGACCCCCUCCGCGUUCUGUCCUCGCCGGAAAACGCCUUCGCUUAUUUCUCCGCCGCGCUCGCCGGCGUCGUCGACCGGGUAGACGCCGCGGCGUUCGCCGCCCAGAUGGUCCGGUUCGCCCUCGAGAACGUCACCGUCCGAGGUUGCGUCCGGUUCGGGAUAUCCCUGUCGGCGGUCUUGGAGACGGUUUACGUCAUGGAGCCGGAGGCGCCGCUUCCGCCGGCGACUCGGGCGGCCGUGGAUGCGCUGGAUGAGUGGCUCAUGGACCACAUGUUUCGGACGUUUGAGAGCAGCUGGGGACCCGCCGCCGUAGGGCCUGGGUUGUCGGAAGAUGAGGUCGCCGCGCUGGAGAAAGAGAGGUUCGCCGGAGAGGAGGAGGAGGCGCCGUCGUGUGCGGUGUGCCUGGAGGAGUACAUGGAGGGUGACGUCAUCACUCCUUUGUCGUCUUCUUGUUCGCAUAACUUCCACAACGAGUGCAUAGCAAAGUGGUUGAGGAGGAAGAGGACUUGUCCUGUCUGCCGUGCUCCGGUGCUUAACAAAAUAAUGUCGGCGGCUGCUCCACUAACUGGCGGGUACAUAGAUGGGUUGGUCUACCAAGAUCCCCGCCAUGGUCAACUCUCCAUUCGGCUCAUAACCAAAGCUCUCGCUAUCUCCGGAGGAUUUUUCCAGACACUCGGCGACCACACUUUCACUCGACCCUUCGACCCCCUCCGCGUUCUGUCCUCGCCGGAAAACGCCUUCGCCUAUUUCUCCGCCGCACUCGCCGGCGUCGUCGACCCCAUAGAUGCCCCGGCGUUCGCCGCCCAUAUGGUCCAAUUCGCCCUCGAGAACGUCACCGUCCGGGGUUGCGUCCGGUUCGGGAUAUCCCUGUCGGCGGUCUUGGAGACGGUUCACCUCAUGGAGCCGGAGGCGGGGCCGAGGCCGCCGGCGACUCGGGCGGCCGUGGAUGCGCUGGAUGAUUGGAUCACGGACUACAUGUUUCGGACGUUUGAUAGCAGCUGGGGACCCGCCGCCGUCGGGCCUGGGUUGUCGGAAGAUGAGGUUGCCGCGCUGGAGAAACAGAGGUUCGCCGGAGAGGAGGAGGAGGCUACGUCGUGUGCGGUGUGCCUGGAGGAGUACAUGGAGGGUGACGUCAUCACUCCCCUGUCGUCUUCCUGUUCGCAUAAGUUCCACAACGAGUGCAUCGCGAAGUGGUUGAGGAGGAAGAGGACUUGUCCCGUCUGCCGUGCUCCGGUCACCGGCGGCCGUCAAAGCUGAAUAAUUAAUCAAGAGGAUUUGCUAAAUAAACCCUAUUGUUAGAUGAUCGAUAAUCUUUACAAAAUUUCAGCUCUAAAUAUUUUAACGUUAUUGUGAAACAUGCUUAGUUUAGGUUUUUUCCACUCGUACGUUACAUGUUAUGGUUAAUUUUUUUUUUUUACAUAUCUAUAAACUAGAAUGAUAUGA